CUCUGGACCUGGAGUGCUCGAGAGACAACAUGUUACAGAGUGGAUGGUGCUGUUGCAAUCCAGACAAGAAUACUGGGAUGAAAGAGACAAAAGAUGAUGAACUAUUCCCGAAUUCGUCUUCUUUCGGAAAGAGCCAAUCCGAUCCCAAUCGGUUCCAAACAAUGAAUCGUGUUGGUGGCGUCGGAUUGAUCUUCGAGACGGAUUCCGUCAACCAAGGUUUGAGGAUCGCGGACAUGAAGAUGAAUGGACCUGCGAUGAAGUCUGGGAUCGAUAUGAGAGGAAUGACUCUGGUUGCCAUCAAUGGUCAACCAGUCGUUAACAGCUCCAUUGAGCAGAUUGCAUCGAAGCUUUUGGGGCCACCUGGAAGCAAAGUUCAAUUGUUGUUGAGGCCUCCGAUGUCUAGCAGGUAUGCACGGCCGAUAGAGGUGUUGCUGGAGAGAGAGGCCUUCGCUAUCGUGGAUUGAAAGUUUCAGAAUUUUAUUUGUGGUACAUUCGCGUUAGCAGCAGACGAAAACGUUAAGAUAUAUGAACACAUUUUACAAGUU